AUGCUGCUGACGAAGAAGCCCAGCGACAGCGUGGAGAGGAAGAGACCGGUGCUUACAGUCUUCAUUCCCCUGGGGGAGCGGGUGAGGAAGAAGUCCAGCUGCCCCGUGUAGAUGAACGCCUCGCCGGCGCCCACCAGGAAGAACUGCGGAAUCAGCGCGAAGACGCUGAUGGGCAGCGGCCCCCCUCCGCCACCACCCACUCUGUGGGCCACCGCCAGCCGCAUCACCUCCACCACCGCCGCAGCCACCAUGCCGGCCGUCGAUAGGAUCAGCCCCAGCCCUAUCAACUGCAAGUCCGUGAACCCUGCAACAUCAGGAAUCAACUCACUGAAUACUCAGCACAGCUUCACGUCUCUCUCUCUCUCUCUCACUAUCUAUCUAUCUAUAGAACGAAGUACCUCGAGUGCCCUUCCACCUCCGGCAGAGGGGCAUGAUCACCCGAUCGUAGACGGCGAGGGUGAUCAGGAUUGCGCCGACGAAGAAGACGGUGAGCGAUCCCGCAGGGAUCUCGAAGUGGCCGAUCGACCUGCGCAUGGUCGACGCCUGCUCGACGGAGAAGGUGAUCAUCUGCGCGUACGUCGUCCAGAAGAUGAUGGUGGUUGCCCACACUGGUAGCAGUCUGAUCAUCAUCUUUACCUCCUCGAUCCUGGUCACCGAGCAGAGCUUCCAUGGGUUCGGGAACGGAGCACCCUGGUUGUAA